AUGGCGACCGGCGUUGAGACAAUGUUCGACAGCCUGUCGAAAUCAUCGCAUACCUUCCUGCAACCUCCGUCCCCCCUCCAUCUCGAGACCUUGGCCUCCCUCAAGACAAUCCUCGACCCAUUAGCCACCAAUGUCGCAGAUGCACAGAAAUCUAGGCGGGAUGAAAACAGGAAGAAGAGGAAACGGGGUGAUGUUGGACACGAAGGCGAGGUCCUACAACUCCGGCAGGUAUACACCAGUGGACUCGGAGUGAAGCAGGUAUGGGAACAGGCACGGAGAGUCCUUGAUGCCGCAUGCUCUGAAGUAGAGAGAGACAUCGCCGCUCAGCAGAGUCAGGCGCGGGCGGAUGGCAAGGAGGGUGUCGACGGCCUCGACGGUCACAUCGUGGAAGAGCCCCAUGGCGUGGACGACAUCGUGCUAGACGAUGAGGCUUUGGAGGAGGCUCUCGACGAUGAAGAUUUCGAUGAAGAGGGGGAUUUGACGGGCGACGAGCAAUUCGAUGAGGGCGAAGACCAAGACGAAGACGAUGCCUCUGGCGAUGAAGACAAUGAGGUUGAAGAUGAAGACUCUGCUUCGGAAUCGGAGCCUCAGCAGCCAGAAACCUAUGUGCAAGAUCCCCACAAUCUGAACGACGGCUUCUUUUCCAUCGACGACUUCAACAAACAGACACAAUUCCUUGAACAAAUGGACGUAUUAGGAGAGGAUGACAACCCGAGCGAUGAAGAUGAAAUCGAUUGGGAUGCCGAUCCGCUGAAGAUGCCUAUUCACAAGUCCACGCGGCAGCAGAACCGUCCGGCGACGGGCCAAGGCAAUGUGUCCGACGCCGAAGAUGGAUCCGAGGAAGACGACGGCCCGACAUUUGGAAAUGCUGACCUGGACGCCGAAGACAGUGAUGAGGAAAUGUUGGACGACGAGGGCAACAAUCUCGAAGCUGCUCUUCCCGGCUUAGACAACACCAACGAUAUUCGAUAUCAGGACUUCUUUGCGCCCCCGCCCAAGAAGCCUUCGAAGACGAAGCGCAUGCGAGCUCUACCAAAGACACAGCCGACGCCUCAACGUCGACCCGAGGACGACCAGAAUAUCGACGAAGACAUGGAGCGAGCCAUCUCCGAUGUGCGCCGUGAUCUCCUCGAGUCCGAUGAAGAACCCUCCGACCUUGAGUCCGGGUCCGACACAGAUGGUGGGAAGCCGUCAACGAAGAAUAUGUCGACGCAUGAGAAACAACGAGCAGCCAUCGCCGCCGAAAUUCGUCGUCUUGAAGCCGCAAAUGUGAGCAAACGCGAUUGGACACUGUCAGGCGAAGCGCGAGCCGCCGACCGCCCGCUCAACUCGUUGAUCGAAGAAGAUCUGGAGUUUGAACGGGUCGGCAAGCCGGUACCGGUGAUCACAUCCGAGGUCUCGGAAGAAAUCGAACAACUGAUCAAACGGCGUAUCCUCGCGCGAGAAUUCGACGAAGUCGUCCGCCGCCACCCCGAUGCCCUUGGCACCGCGAACGAGGCUCGUCGUGGGCGGAUCGAGCUGGACGAUGCGAAGCCACAGUCGGGCCUUGCGGAGGUCUAUGAACAGGAACACCUCCGCGCCACGGACCCCGGAUACGUCGACAAGCGAUCAGCCGCCACCAAGAAGCAACACGAAGAGAUCUCCCGGCUCUGGAAGGAGGUGUCCAGUCAACUCGACCUGCUGAGCAACUUGCACUUCAAGCCGAAGCGGGUUGAGGCCGAGAUCAAGAUCGUCGAGGACAAACCGACAAUCAGCAUGGAAGAUGCCCGGCCCGUCGGGCUGGGUGUCAAUGCGGAUCAAAGCAUGCUCGCGCCACAAGAGGUGUAUCGGCCGGGCGAGGAGAGGACUGACCGUGAUUUGCUUGUUCGCAAGAGCGGCGUGAGCGUCAACAAAGAAGAGAUGACGCGGGAAGAAAAGCUGCGUCGUCGCCGAAGGGAAAAGGAGCGGACCAAGAAAGCUCAGGCCCAGGGCAAGGCUCCGGUUGCGGGAUCGGGAUCGGGCACGUCGGGGACGCCGGGCCCUCGCAAGAAGAAGGCUGAUCAGGAGGCCGACAUCCUCACUGAACUGCGCAAGGGCAAUGUCAAGGUCAUCGACAAGAAGGGAGAACUGCAGGACCUGGGAGGCAAGAAAAGGAAGCAAGCGGACCGUGUCAAUGCGUUGGAAUCCGGUGGAGGCGCGUUGAAGCUGUAA